AUGCAGAAGAACGCCACCUGGUACACACACAUGGUUUAUGGUUACACACAACAGCACGCCGUGUCCAUGCAGAAGAACGCCACCUGGUACACACACAUGGUUUAUGGUUACACACAACAGCACGCCGUGUCCAUGCAGAAGAACGCCAUCUGGUACACACACAUGGUUUAUGGUUACACACAACAGCACGCCGUGUCCAUGCAGAAGAACGCCACCUGGUACACACACAUGGUUUAUGGUUACACACAACAGCACGCCGUGUCCAUGCAGAAGAACGCCACCUGGUACACACACAUGGUUUAUGGUUACACACAACAGCACGCCGUGUCCAUGCAGAAGAACGCCACCUGGUACACACACAUGGUUUAUGGUUACACACAACAGCACGCCGUGUCCAUGCAGAAGAACGCCACCUGGUACACACACAUGGUUUAUGGUUACACACAACAGCACGCCGUGUCCAUGCAGAAGAACGCCACCUGGUACACACACAUGGUUUAUGGUUACACACAACAGCACGCCGUGUCCAUGCAGAAGAACGCCACCUGGUACACACACAUGGUUUAUGGUUACACACAACAGCACGCCGUGUCCAUGCAGAAGAACGCCACCUGGUACACACACAUGGUUUAUGGUUACACACAACAGCACGCCGUGUCCAUGCAGAAGAACGCCACCUGGUACACACACAUGGUUUAUGGUUACACACAACAGCACGCCGUGUCCAUGCAGAAGAACGCCACCUGGUACACACACAUGGUUUAUGGUUACACACAACAGCACGCCGUGUCCAUGCAGAAGAACGCCACCUGGUACACACACAUGGUUUAUGGUUACACACAACAGCACGCCGUGUCCAUGCAGAAGAACGCCACCUGGUACACACACAUGGUUUAUGGUUACACACAACAGCACGCCGUGUCCAUGCAGAAGAACGCCACCUGGUACACACACAUGGUUUAUGGUUACACACAACAGCACGCCGUGUCCAUGCAGAAGAACGCCACCUGGUACACACACAUGGUUUAUGGUUACACACAACAGCACGCCGUGUCCAUGCAGAAGAACGCCACCUGGUACACACACAUGGUUUAUGGUUACACACAACAGCACGCCGUGUCCAUGCAGAAGAACGCCACCUGGUACACACACAUGGUUUAUGGUUACACACAACAGCACGCCGUGUCCAUGCAGAAGAACGCCACCUGGUACACACACAUGGUUUAUGGUUACACACAACAGCACGCCGUGUCCAUGCAGAAGAACGCCACCUGGUACACACACAUGGUUUAUGGUUACACACAACAGCACGCCGUGUCCAUGCAGAAGAACGCCACCUGGUACACACACAUGGUUUAUGGUUACACACAACAGCACGCCGUGUCCAUGCAGAAGAACGCCACCUGGUACACACACAUGGUUUAUGGUUACACACAACAGCACGCCGUGUCCAUGCAGAAGAACGCCACCUGGUACACACACAUGGUUUAUGGUUACACACAACAGCACGCCGUGUCCAUGCAGAAGAACGCCACCUGGUACACACACAUGGUUUAUGGUUACACACAACAGCACGCCGUGUCCAUGCAGAAGAACGCCACCUGGUACACACAAGGAGGACACCUGGUGCGCACACAUGGUUACACACAAGGAGGACACCUGGUGCACACACAUGGGUACACACAAGGAGGACACCAGGUACACACAAAGCCACAGGUACACACAAGCUGGGCCUUUAUCCCCACCGCUGUCAGACUGUACAACAAGUCACUUUAA